AAAAGUAGAAAAAAGAAGGAAAUAAAAAGAAAAAAGAAGAAAAAAAGAAGAAAAACUCAGGAAGUGUACGGACUGAAUUCGCAUUCUCAUUUCUCACUUACAUUUCUCCUCUCUUCUCGUACCCUCAGAUAUAAAAGGCUAGAAAUCCUUCUCUUUCUUUCUUUCAUUUUCCUCUCUUGAAAUGGAACCUUUUUAUGCAAAUGGCGAUUGAGAGCAAUCCCAUCGCUCUCAAUGGGGAAGAUCGAAGAAGAGCAGUCCCUUUCUACUCCUGCAGUCGCCGAAGUCUCCGACGGAAAUGCUGGGCCGCCACGGUGCCGGAUCGGGAGAUUCGUCGGGUUCCGGUGUGUGGCCGCGCUCAUCCUCGGUGUCGCCGUCUUGCUGUCGGCGAUCUUCUGGCUGCCGCCGUUCUUGAGAGCCGAUCGGGGGCGUCUGAGCCUGGACGAAGCUCAUAUAGUAGCAAGUUUUAAGCUGCAAAAGCCGGUCUCUCUGCUGAUGACAAAUAUUGUGGACCUUGAGAAGGAUAUCUUUGAUGAAAUCGGUGUUGUCAACUCCACGGUUGUUAUUAUGUCUCUGGAGCCUUUAGCUGGAGCAAACUGGACAAAUGUGGUGUUUGGGGUCUGGCCUUAUGAGAAAAAUUCAACAAUAUCUUCAGCUGGGUUGAGCAUACUCCGGGCAUCUUUCGUGUCCUUGGUUAUAAAGCAGUCAACCCUUCACCUGAGAUCUUUAUUUGGUGAUCCAUCUUUCUUUCAGGUGCUGAAAUUCCCAGGAGGAAUUACUGUGAGUCCUCUGCAGAGUGGAUUUCUUCUGCAGAAAGGGCAGAUCCUUUUCAACUUUACCUUAAAUUUCUCUAUUUACCAAAUACAAGAGAUUUUUGACGAGUUGAAGUACCAGCUGAAGUCAGGCUUACAUCUCACCCCAAAUGAGAAUUUGUAUAUUAGCUUGACAAAUUUACGUGGUUCGACGUUGGAUCCUCCAAUUAUCGUGCAGUCAUCUGUCCUACUUGCUGUUGGCAAUAUUCCUCCCACGUCGCCAAGGUUGAAGCAGUUGGCUCAAGCCAUAACAGGUUCCCCUGCAAGAAACCUUGGCCUCAAUCACACAGUUUUCGGUAAAGUAAAGCAGAUUCGACUCUCCUCAUCUCUUGAACACUCUCUUGAUAGUGGUACUGGUAGCAGCACAUCUUUGUCGCCGAGUCCAGCUCCUCUGCCUCACCCAAAUCACCGACAGCAGCAGCACCACCACCACCACAACCACCACCACCACCACCCUGAUGUUCGUCUGGCUCCUGCACCUGCGCCCCAGCAUAGCUAUACGCCUUCAAAUCCACCUUGCCAUUUUCGGUUUUCAGGAAAGCCGAAGAGCAAAGGUGGGUCAAUCCCCGCUGCAGCACCAACGGUUUCUCCACGCCCUUCUAUUGCACCAACAGUUUCUCCCCGCCCUUCUGUUGCACCAACAGUUUCUCCCCGCCCUUCUGUUGCACCAACGGUUUCUCCCCGCCCUUCUGUUGCUGUCCCACAUCCAAAUGCAGACCCACCUGCUCCUGCCUCACUCUCACCUCCUUCAUCUUCUCCUCUUCCAACAGUGUUUUUGGGUCAUGUUCAACCUCCAAGCAAGAUUAUAGCACAUACAGAACCACCUGAUACAAUGCCAUCUGCAUCACCGUUUUCAUUGCCAUCUUCUGUUGCAGGUCUUCCUACCGUUCAAUUUUUUCAAUGUGCAUACGCACUGCUCCUAUGUCUGUUGAUGUAUUUAUGACAGUGAAAGGGAAAGGGUUUCAUUUUCUAGUUAUAACAGUCUCUCCAGCUUCCCACGGUGCAGGUCACCAGCCUCCAACAAUGCCAAAAGGACCGGAGCUUUUGUGGGUCAGAGCCACAUGAACAGGCAGGCCCUUCUAUUCAGGUGAUAUUGUGUGUACAUAUGAAUAUAAUUUGCGCAGCGGUUGUGUUUCAGGUCAAAGCCACAGAGGUGGCAGGCCCUUUGUUAAACAUACGUCGCUGCUGUUCCCUGUACGACUUAUCUUUUUCGCAGAAAUUAAGAAAGAAAAAUGAGCUCUGCCCCAAGUACGCAAUGGGGCUCUGUUAUUAUGCA